GCUGCAGACCCAUUCUCUCUCAUUUCGUUCAACGCCUUCAUUGACCGUUCAGUGGUCGAAGGUUGUCUUUUUCGGCUCUUGAGGCCUUGUGUUUUACAUAGUUCAUUUUUCAUCCAUAGACAUCCGCCGAACCGUCGACAAUGUCUCAUCGUAAAUUUAGUGCUCCUCGCCAUGGUUCUAUGGGAUUCUACCCGAAAAAGCGUGCACGUCGUCAUCGUGGUAGAGUAAAGUCUUUCCCAAAAGAUGACCCAAGCAAACCGAUUCAUUUGACUGCUUUCAUUGGUUAUAAAGCUGGUAUGACCCACGUCGUACGUGAAGCUGAUCGCCCUGGAUCAAAGCUUAACAAGAAAGAAAUUGUUGAGCCAGUAACCAUUUUGGAAACACCACCAAUGAUAAUUGUUGGUGUCGUUGGUUACGUCGAGACUCCUUACGGGCUCAAGCCUCUUAAGACAGUGUUUGCUGAACAUUUGUCUGAGGAUUGCCGUCGUCGUUUCUAUAAAAACUGGUACAAAUCAAAGAAGAAGGCUUUUGUCAAGUACGCAAGAAAGUGGCAAGAUGAAAACGGCAAGAAACAAAUAUCGAAGGAUCUUAACAAGAUCUCCAAGUACUCGAAAGUCAUCCGUGUUAUUGCCCACACUCAGAUGAAACUGUUAAAAAAAAGACAAAAGAAGGCUCACAUUAUGGAAAUCCAAGUCAACGGAGGAACAGUUCAAGAAAAAGUGCAAUGGGCUAAGGAACAUUUCGAAAAACCAGUGCCAGUUUCUCAUGUCUUUGCUCCCGACGAGAUGAUCGAUUGUAUCGGUGUCACCAAGGGUCGUGGAUACAAGGGUGUCACGUCACGUUGGCACACAAAAAAACUACCGCGUAAAACUCACAAGGGUUUGCGUAAAGUUGCCUGUAUCGGAGCGUGGCAUCCCAGUCGUGUCCAAUUCACGGUUGCACGUGCUGGACAAAAGGGUUAUCAUCACCGUACAGAAAUCAACAAGAAAAUCUACAGAAUUGGUCUUGGAAUCCAUACUAAAGACGGAAAGGUCAUCAAGAACAAUGCUUCAACCGAAUACGAUUUGACCGAAAAAACCAUCACUCCAAUGGGUGGUUUCCCUCAUUAUGGUGAAGUUAAUAAUGACUUCAUCAUGAUCAAAGGCUGUUGUGUUGGUCCAAAGAAGCGAGUCAUUACUCUGCGUAAAUCUCUCUUGGUACAUACGAAACGUGCUGCUUUGGAAAGCAUCAAUCUCAAGUUUAUCGAUACUUCUUCCAAAUUCGGUCACGGACGUUUCCAGACUGUUGCAGACAAGGCAGCGUUUAUGGGCCCAAUGAAGAAGGACAGAAUUCGAGAAGAAGAGAAGGCAACUGCAGCUGCCAAAUAAUUGUUGUAUACAUUUUUAUGUUUGGACAAUUUAUAAUAAAAAAAAAAAUUUUAAAUAUAACUUCUAGUCAAUUA